GCGGAGACGUCGAGGCACCCAACUCUUCUUCCUACCACGCUACCACACGAAACGUUACAAAAGCGAGUGGGUCCCGGGUUGACUGGCUCAUAACUCGUUGGAUAACUUGAACAGCUAGUGGCGAUGCUUCAUUGUACACACGAGGCCUGGACUGUAGCGGCCGGCGGCACUCCCCAUGACCCACUUGCACAACUCCAGCAGAGACGAGGCUGAGGUCUGGCUGAGUAGCCGCGGAGCCGCGCAGGGUCAUGCAGUGGACGGACCGCACAUUGUCGCCAUGGACCAGAGAGAGACGCAGAGCCAGGAGGCCUACUACCUGUUCUUUGUGGGCAGUCUGGGGAUGGCCCUCAAUAUACUCGUCAUCACAAUGAUAUUUAUCCGGAGGAACCUCAGAAGAAUGACAAGCGCCUUUCUCGUUCAUUCUGGGUUUCUGAACUUACUGAAAGCGGGUUUCUGCAUCCCGUUCGGCCUGAACCUCCUCUCCGAAGCAGACGAGAAGAGCCCACCACAAAACUGCAGGCUGCAAGGGUCCAUCUACAUCGUGCUGGUCACCACCUCGGCCGUCAACAUGGUGGCCAUGAUCUGCACGGAGGCGUAUACCUUCGGGGAGAUCAACGUGGGCGGUAACUCGCACGGCACCAGCUGCUGCAUCAUGUUCGGCCUGCUGGUGGUGUACAUCACCAGCGUCAUCCUGCACCUGGGGCCGACCCUGAUCGGCGGCGCCAUCAAGUACAACCCGCACAUCGGCAGCUGCGCCUUCGAGCUGGGCAACAUCACCGGCUACGUGGCCAACGUCAUGUGGAUCGUCAUCAUCACCCUGUCCUUCGUGGGCGUGGGCCACUUCCUCAGCAAGCUCUACAAGGAGAUCCAGCUCAACAAACCCAACAGGGUGUCCAUGCUGGUCCGCCAUUCCAUCACCAUUACAGAGGAGAUGGCACGCAAGCCGUCGGCCUGUACGGUCCAGGAGAUGACUCAAGAGGCCAUGCACAGGGCCAAAAUCUUCGUCAUCACGGCCAUAGCCUUCGCCCUCUGCUGGUACCCGUUAUUCCUUCUUAUCCUAAUUGACAUGCACUUCCGGGUCUCGCCAAAGGUGUAUCAAGCGUUCAGCUUCAUCGCCUGGACAGAAGCUUUAGUCGAGCCCAUUAUCCUUAUAUGUUUUGACCGGAACCUGAACCUGCUCGCCCGGUUCAUGUACUGCGACAGGGAUCAGUUCACGGCCGCGCAGAUCGCCUUUCUCAUGGCACAGCACCGGCAGCAGCAGCAGCAGCUCCACCACCACCAUCACCACCUGCAUCACCAUCACGAGGACGAUGACCAGGUGGACGCCUCCCGGCAGAGUUCCAUCGACGCCGACGACGCAUUCCACUGCGGCGCGGCCCACGCCCUUGGGGAGUGCAGCGGGUGCUCCACCAGUGGCGGCGAGCCCCACCACCAUCACCACCCUGCGGACCCAGGGCUGCCCAACUCGAUUGUCCCAUGCCGGCACUGCUGUCCGACCCCGCCUCCACCGGGUGAGACGACGCCACUGAGGUCUCACCACCAUCAUCACCACAGGCCACACUCGCCCAGCGGCGACUCGCCAGCGUGCACCAGUGCUCACGAACUUCGCGGUUUCCGCGAUUUCCAGCCGCACAUAAUCCCGGACGAGGUCGUCGCCAUGGAGAUGAACUCUGCCCCUUUCCGAAUCGAGACCGAGCUUAUAGCACGAAAACAAAAAGACUCUGCCAGCAGGCAGGGCGACAUACAAUGCUAAACCGGCAAAGCUUCAUGUCUUUAGGAAUCGAUUCUAUCCCAAGAGACCAUAUAACCGUUUUGUAUUUAAAAAUAUAUAUUUCUACGCUAUACGACUUAAUGGAUCCUAGUAUCGAUGCAAAAGGGCUGGGCCCCGGCAUCAGAAUAUAUUUGUCAAAUCUUUGAACUGGAUGGCUCAGCUUAUACCACAACGAAAGACGCAAUGUGUAUAUUCAAAUUAACCCGUUCGUGUCCUCUUAACUAAUAACAUUUGACGGAUAAUAAUGAGUGUGUAUUAAGAAGUAAUAGUGGGAUUAAUACAAGGAGCAAAUCCACGAGACGUGACGUGGUACUCGACAUUUUCAAAAUUAACCAAUCACUUUUGUGAACGUAACGAGUGUUCGUGGAGCAGCCAGGCCAUGAUGAAAGUUUUAAUACAGUGAUAUAUGCAGACACCCCCACCCCCCAACCCAAUUUUGACUCCUUUGUUUUACUGGACCGUUUCAAAGUGGGUCUGUUCAAGAGUGGCUAAUGAAUGGAUGAAUGAUGUCCGUGUUUCUGAUCCAAUGUUCAUGUUACACUCAUUCUGAACGUUUUGUCGAUAUUGGGAGAGUGCGAAAGUGGGGCAAUGGAUGCAUGACUGGCUAACGUGAUGGGUGAAAGUCCAGCAGUCUUUUGAUCUUGUUUAAUAUAGAUCUAUAAGCACAGUGAGUGAACUCUUGGUAUAUGCCAGACGUCUCAAAGUUGCUUCUAGUUGGUAAAUCUAAGAGUCAAAACAUUCUAAGAAAAUGAUCAGCGUCUGAUUGCCAAUUCCUUUGUCGCCUGGCGCGAAUCAAACGACAAAAAAGGUUAAAGGAUAACUUUUUAUAAGGGUUUGUCUUAUUUAACGAUAGCAGGCAUUUUAGUUUUACAUCUAAAUCUACUAGAAAGCUUUAUGUUUUUGUCUUUUUAUACAGGCCGUGCCUGGAAAAAAAAUAUUUUUAAAUUUCUCGUUCCAUAGAGCUGAAUAAACUUGAGAUUUUCUAACAUGGCCGAGAAACUAAGCUUUAAAUAGCAAACGUCUUGGUGUAUCCGGCGUACAAAAUAAAGAAAGUGUUGAUAAGCUUUGAUUUUAAAAAGAGAAUUUGAGUGCACAAUUUCAGCAUCAUCUUUUAACACAACAUGAUUUCAAUAUGGAGGAAGCAGUUGACUUUUAUUCUAGGACUUAAACAAUUAUUUUAAAACAAAUAUGGAACUGACUAAUUAAUAAAUGAGAUUUGAUAAGAACUCUUCAUUAAUACUGCUAAAAAUUUCUAAAACUAUUGAUCCAUUUAUUUUCAUUGAGUUGGCAACAGUGAAUUUCAAAUGAUCGUCCUUGACAUUGUUUAGUUUGUCGUGAAAAUCUCCAAUUAGCUUGAUAAAAAAGGCCUUGACCAGUCUAUAUUUUUAUAGGUCAGUAAUCUUUACUAUUAUUUCGAAACACAAAACAAUAAGAUAAAAUUGGGCGAUUAACCAGUAAAAUAUUAAAAAAUACUUUGGGGGAAAAAAAACACAAACAAACUAGGCUUAUAUAUGGGAAAGCACCCCACAAUUACUGCCAAAGCUAUCAAUACUGCAAGAUGAAUCACCCUUUUUUAACAUAAAACACAAUUAAUUUAUUAUAACUAAUUAAUCAACUAGUUGGUUAAUGUUUUGACUGAUUCGUUUGUUGUCAUCGAUAAUGAAUGACUCGCAAAUUUUCAGCUUGACUCAUAAUUUGGGAGCUGGAGAAAUAACGUGUUCAAGAUUUACACCAGACGGACAGACUGAGUUAUAAUAAGCUUUGUGAAAAUAAGCCUAAGCCAUGUGAUGGUCUAACCUCUAACUCAAACCUAACGACAAGAGGGGCCUUGGUGUAAUGAGCAGUGGAAUUGGUCUAUUUCCUAGAUCUAGAUGUGCCACACUUCUAGAACUACUUUGAAAUGGUCCAGAUAUGAUCCUGGCAUUACUACAGUUUGUUAUUUUUUUACAGUACUGCAGUUUGUUUGUGUGUUUGUUGUUGUUUUUAUUACAUUAUGGAACAUGCGCAUUUGGUGUAUUUUUUUCCGGAAGUGGUGAAUGAGGUCGUUGCCAGGGUAACGAAAUGAAACAUUGUCCUUUGUUUAUCCCUUACAAACAAAAUUGUAUAAAUAUUUAUAUACUGAAAGUCUGCUUUUGAAAUGUGUAUUUCUUUUCUUUCCUAUGCAUUCGCUUGUGACCUAUAAAUGUGUAGAUAUUACAGACAAGAGUGUAUGUGAAGGACCCUAUUUCAGCGUAUGUGCAUAUGUGUCAUGACAUUGGUGUACAUGUAUAUCGGUUGAAUGUUUUCAGCGACAAGUGUAUGACAUGUACACAGUAGAAGUUUUUUUUUUUUGUCUUCCCUCCGAAGAAAUAAAUUAUCAUCGAAACUUU